CAUAGAGCGAUGCACGCGGAACUGUGUCGUAAACGGAGGAGAUGCUGCUGUGAUGGCUAGAAGCGCAGUCUGGGACUAGAGUCCAUGGCCAGCAAAAUAGACGCAGCGCCCGCGAAGGCCAGUGGACGUGGAUGAGGAUCAAACGGCAGCACCACGACAUGUCAGAUCUAGGCGGGAAGCACGCACAGCUGAUCGUGGCGCAGGCGCUCCACCGGAGAUGUAAAGAUGAUUGAUUCGCGUUCGCGCCAAAGACAGCGAGGCGUGGAUAAGGGCCGGACGCUGAUAUCACAACGCACGUACGCGCCCAAGACUCAUUUGCAUUCGGCAUGGCCCGGAAAUUAAAUUCGCGCUCUGAUUGUGGACGACGGAGCGGUUGCUCAUGGAGACUUUCGGACACCGUGAAUGUGCAGGCGGACGAUGGCUCCCAUGGUACCACGGACAUGAAUUAUUUCGUGCCCGAUCGUGAUCGAAGAUUCGUAAAAUGGGGUCAGAAGUGGAGUUUCGCAAGGAUCCAUAUAGUAAUGACAUACUCAAUUCGACCUGUAAGAAAUGGUGCAGGUCCGAGCCGAUAUGUCCGCGUGGAUGAUCAGGGGUGGCUGUCGGUGCGGAGCUAUCAGUAUGAGAGACGCAGGGAAUCCUUGGCCGCCCGUAUAGAAAACACGUACGCUACAUACGCAUUUGCAUUAGAAGUCCAUGUCGUGCGACUAGUUGAAGGAUGCCGUGACGUACUGGAACUCCAGAAUCAUACGACUAGUUCGACAAAUGUCGUGGCGAAAGUUCAUGGAGAAGCUUUGUUAGUCAGGAAGAAUUCCCCGCUUGUGGGAGGGCGCAUCGUUCACUUGCCUAGACCGACCGUUUGGCGUGGCGGCCGCGAGUCCCUACACGUGUCCGUGCAGAACACCAAGAAGCAGCGCUGACGUAGCUCAUCACCUUACAAUUGUCAACGCAAGUUUUACAUCGCGCUCGGCGUGAUGUGCUUGAUGAAUGGAUGGGAGUGAGACUAUCUGUGACUGUGCAAUGGCACGUACCUUAAUAGAAAUAUAAGCUUGACGUGGAGCAUGCAGAAGUGAAUAGAACCUGGCAAAGUUCCGGAAGCAAUGGUCGUAACGAUAUCAUUGCUCGCGUACCUGAGGUCGAGCAUCCUUCGGAAAGCAUCACGUAGCUCGUGACGUUGUAAGGGCCAGGCUAGCGUGAGUCAAACGUAAAGGAAUCAAGGCUCAUCGCAGCUAGCGUACAGGAUCAGACCUCCGGGAAGGUGUCUUGAGAAAGGUGUACACGG